UUCGUUAUUUGUUUGUGAAUUUUAUUGUUAUGAGAAAAUGGAGAUUUUCCUACGUCUCCUACAAUUACUUUUCAAGCUUCUUUAUAUGGUAGCCUAUCCGCUGUGGCGCUUCUUUCAACCGCGCAAAGGUCCAUCCACGAUUCCGCCGAUACGGAACAGAUUGUUGACACUUUCGGUGGGCGAAAUACUGGAGUUGCUGCAGCAACGUAAGUUGAAAUCUGUGGAUCUGGUAAAAGCUUACAUUAAACGCAUCAUAGAGGUUAAUCCGCAAGUGCAUGCCGUGGUGCAAGAUCGUUUCGAUGAGGCGCUUCAAGAGGCCUAUCGAGCUGAUAAAUUAAUCGCUAAAGCUUCAUCCGAAGAAUUGCCGUUACUCUUUAACCAUCGCAAACUAUUAGGUGUGCCUUUCACCGUAAAAGAGUCAUGUGGACUCAAAGGUAUGCCAUUCCGUGUUGGUAGCCGACAACGCGCACAUAUAAUUUGCCGUGAGAAUGGUGAGGUGGUGAAAAAUUUGGUGGCUGCUGGUGGCAUACCAUUGCUGGUCACCAUAACACCGGAAUAUUGCUUCAGCAUGGAAACCAAUCCGGGAACGCAAAGGCGUUGUUUAAAUCCACACGACGAUAGACGUACACCAGGUGGUUCGUCCGGUGGAGAAGGUGCUUUGAAUGGUUCCGGUGCAAGCUUGUUUGGUGUUGGUUCCGAUAUAGCUGGUUCGAUACGAUUUCCAAGUUUGUUUUGUGGUGUCUUCGGUCACAAACCAACUGGUCGACUCACAUCGAUUCAAGGACAUUUUCCCGACUGCACGGAUACUGAUUGUCUUGAAUAUCUGCAGUUGGGUCCCAUCACACGUUUUGGCCGUGAUUUGAGUUUACUGAUGGAGGUCAUGGCUGGUAAAAACGCUGACAAAUUGGAUCUACGAACACCAGUGGAAACCAAGGACAUAAAGGUUUUUUACGCAUUGGGCUUUGAUGGUCUCAACGGUCUUUUACAUAACUCACCCGUGAAAGAUAUAAAACUUUCGAUUAUGUCAGCUGUGAAAUUUUUACAAAAUCGCGUCGCACAUACUCAACGCGUGUCUAUGAGCUGUUUCAAGGACUCACUUGAAAUGUCAAUCAGUAGUCUAGUAUUGCUCAAGGGUUUUCCUUAUUUAAUCAAUACUAGGAACCCGAAUAAAAUAGUCGAGCAUCUUACCGAAAUAAGUAAAGCAGUUGCGGGCAAAUCAGAUUACACAAACGAGGCUUUAUACUUCGAUGCAUUACGUCGGCUCAAUGGCUGUAUGAGUACCGAAGCUAUGUUGAAAUAUAAAGCUGAAGUUCAGCUGUUGAAAGUUCAAUUUACUAGAAUGCUCGGCAACAAUGGCGUUUUCUUUUUCCCCACCUUCCCAGUGCCCGCUUUACAUCACGAUUCCUCGCUUUUGGCGCUUUGGAAUGUGGAUUAUACUAUGAUCUUCAACGUGAUUGGCUUUCCCACAACGCACAUUCCUAUGGGGCGUGAUGGCGAUGAUUUGCCAAUUGGUUUUCAAGUAGUCGCCGCUCCCUAUAGAGAUAAGCUAUGCUUUCAAAUAGCUACUGAGUUAGAAGCCGCCUUUGGUGGUUGGGUUAUACCCACACCACAUGCGCUUGGACCUUUGUAACUGUCGAUAUGAGUAAUUUGUUUAGGUUUUAUCACGCAUAUGCAAAUGUAAACUGAAUGUAAUUUUAAUAAGAAUUGUACUUAAUAAUAAACUAAUUAAUGGACAAAAUAUAAAAUAAAUUAUUUUUGUAUUGAA